AUGAGUGACAAGAUCCCAACUUCUUCCAGAUUGGACUCAUUGAGUCGUAGAGCACCUGCUGGCCCGGCAUCUUCAAGUGGUCCUAAAGCUGGUAAAUUCAAACCGAAGAACAUUGCCAGAAGAACCAAAGAGGAACGUGAUGCCAAUGCCCCAGCGACUGCAGCUGAGCCCACCGAUAAACCUCACCAGAGAAGUAUGCGCGGUGGUUUGCGUGGUGGUCGUGGUGGUAGAGGUGGUGCUAAUAGGGCUCUGCAAGGUACUCAUCUCGUGCAAGCAGGUCCGUUGGCAAGUGGUAACGUCCUAAGCGAUACAAAGCAGAACUUUAGUAGGUCGACAACAAGGAGUCCGACCCCUGGGUUUCUCUCCAGCCUGGUUAAGCGUGAGGAAGGGUCUAGGGAAGGAAGCGUGGGUCCACAGGACAGUGACGAUGAAGGUGAUUUAUCCAAGAUCAAUAUGAACCAAGAGUAUAGAUUCAGUAAAGAAGAAACUGAGCUUUUCCCUGUGAGGGCACCAAGAGAACAUGUUACAUCAGAACAAGAUACGUUGAUGAAUUCUAGCCGUUCAACAACACCAGAGCCUGAUGAUGGUACUCUAAAGAACGUGCUAGCCACGAAGGACCACCAGUUACACAUAAACCUUGAUCAACUACAAGUGGAUGAAGCUGCUGAAGAUGAUGCAAGGCUGGCACAAGACCACAAGGACAUUGCUGAAGCAAUCACCAAGUUGAAUAACGAUCCAGCGAGCUACUUGAUGUUUCAACUCCCUAGAGUGUUGCCUGAAUUCGAAACAACCAAUGAGGUCAAGCCUGAAAUCUCUGAAGAGGAUAAUGUUGAGCCUGUCAAACCUCAACUCGAGGGACAGAUCGCCACUCUGAGAGUACACAGAUCUGGCAAGCUAAGCGUGAAGAUCGGCAACGUGAUUAUGGAUGUCAGUAAAGGAUCAAACACUGCAUUUCUACAACAACUCGUCUGUAUGAAGCGUGGUGGUGAUAGCCAACUAGGUGAAAAUGAAAUCGAUGAACGGGGCAACUACCUACUGGGUCAUCUACAAGACAAGAUUGUCAUCACGCCCAAACUGGCUUGA